CUGUCUCGUUCCUCUCCCUCCUGGCUCUCUCUCAAUUCUCUCUCUCCUUUUCUCUGUUCCCCGGGGAAUUCUUCAUCCAAACCUCAAUCACGUAUGAUUGCGUAGAGAGAGAACCGUGAGCCCAUUCACUCAUGCCUGUCGGCGAGGAGAGCACCCGCUAACCAUCCAUACGGAAGGAAAUAAUCCAUUACACCAAUCGUGUUGUAUGCAAGGAAACCGGCAUUUUGGAAGAUUUUUAUAGUCUACAUACGAACAAUAAUAACGAAACGCAAAUGUUUUUCUCUCAUUGUAAAGCCAAAUCACUAUGUUGCUGCUGCAUUCUCACAGAUAAUUAUCUUUCCCCGACCGUGCUCGGAGGGUCUGCUGGUAGAAGGGCUGGUACAGAUGGCACAGAUGCCCGUAGUCCCGGAGAGUGAGUGGGGAAGCCAAAUGGACCGCCGCCUACCCUUUGCCCCUUCUCGAUUCGGUUUUGUCUUCGACUUAAUACAUUGAAAAGUUAUGAGACGUUGCAUUCACCCAGCUGUUGAUGAAAUAGUGUACAGUGAAGUCUAAGGUGUCUCGAAUGCAUUAUGGUGCUGGAUAUUUUGACACUCACGGACUUUCCGUGCAAAUGAGGAUUAUACCGUGCAAAUGAGGAUUAUACCGAGGGGGACACUGGAAUACCCGAGACUCAAUUUUGCGCACGCACGCUCCGACAACACACAAACUUAUUUACCACAGUUGCAUUUUUUUUUUGAAUAGCCUAGAUUAUGCGUAAAUUGGUUGCAUUUUAUACUUUCCCUGCAAUGAAUUUGUGUAUUUUCUAAGGGGUCAGAAUGACAUUUUGCUAAAUCCACGUGGAUCGUAUUUUUUUAUUUUUAUUCACGGUUCUUUUUGCUCCAAAAUACCACACAACCACUCGAUCUCUGUCCAACGACUCUUGGCUCGGUUCGGUUCGGCUUGCCCGCGAGGGAGAUGGCCGCUAUCGCCAGCUCCUUGAUCCGUCAGAAACGCCAGGCGAGGGAGUCAAACAGCGACCGAGUCUCCACUACUAAACGCCGUCCCAGCCCCAGCAAAGAUCCUCGUUCCAUAUACGAGCGCCAUUUCUUGGGGGUCUUCAGCAAAGUCCGUUUCUGCAGCGGCAAGAAAAGACCAGCCGCUCGGCGGCGACCAGAUGCAUCCUCCAAACCUCCACAGGUGUCCCGUAAGGGCGGCAGGCUAGAGCCGCAGCUGAAAGGCAUCGUGACACGACUGUUCAGCCAGCAGGGCUUCUACCUGCAGAUGCAGCCGGAUGGCUCUAUCGAUGGCAGCAAGGACGAGAACAGCGACUACACCGACUUCCUGAACUUUGACCCGGACUUCAUGAACAUUACUGUAACAACAAACUCCCUUUGUUGUUUGGCACCAAAACAGGAAAUGUUCACGCCGGAGUGCAAGUUUAAGGAGUCGGUGUUUGAGAAUUACUACGUGAUCUACUCGUCCACUGUGUACCGGCAGCAGGAGUCCGGUCGGGCCUGGUUCCUGGGCCUUACCAAGGAAGGCCAGGUCAUGAAGGGGAACAGGGUCAAGAAGACCAAGCCCUCAUCACACUUUGUCCCCAGGCCCAUUGAAGUGUGUAUGUACAGGGAGCCGUCGCUGCAUGAGAUCGAGGAGAAACAGCGCUCCAGGAAGAACUCAGGGACUCCCACCAUGAACGGAGGGAAAGCUGUCAACCAGAACUCCUAGCAGCAGGGCCCCAAGGGUGGGGGGCCACUAGGGGGCCCGGUCCCCCCUCUCUUAAACAGAGGGGGGAGGGGCCACAAACCCCCUUCGCCACCAUGCCCUCUGAAGGGAUGGACCGCCACGAGGGGGAGAAGCUACACCCAAGACCACAAAAAAACUCUUGCCUGUGAAAAUCUUUUAGACAAAUAUCAAGACAAACCCAGAGGAAAACAAAAAGCGACUACAAACAUUUUCAAUCAGGACUUGACCUACGGUUUAUGCAAAAAAAGAAGAAAAAAAGCUGUGACAAGACAAAGAAAUGGUGGUCUCUUCACAAUACAAAUAUCUAUCGUUUUCAUUUUAUGCUGUGAAAAAUUCGCUUUAAACACAUGUUUGAUUUCCCAUGCGUUGAUUUUAUGAAUGCUAUGACACCUUCACAAGUGUUAUUGUCCAAUAAUAAUAAUAUUAUGUAUGUGUUGACUAAUUCAUCAUCCCAAUUUUAGUAUCAUUGUUAUUCUGUUUUUCGUUUGAGACUGUAGAAGUUUGAAAAAUUGUUUGUUUUCAUAUUGCGUGACAGUGAAUGCCCUUUCACACUGCAUACACUGGUGUGAGGGUAAACAUGUAAUGUAUAUGAGAGCUCGUUGUUGGGCUCGGAAGGAACAGGUAUGGGUGGGUGGGAUGGGUUUUGCUCAGGUGAUGUCCUUUCGGUGAGGAAUACGUUGGGUGGAUCUCAAUACUCUAAUUUGGAGUCUCCUCACACUCUUCGGUAUUACAGGACUAGACAACUAAAAGCAAUAUGGAGGGGCUACUCCACCAAGCCUCACAGCAGGCAUCUACCAUAUUAUGGUGCGUUGGAGUGCUAUCGGAAAUGUGGAAAUACAAGUUCCCGACUCGGAAAUAACCACUUGAACGACCCUCAAAGUCUGAGUCACAAGUGGGAAACAUGGUCCAGAGUUGUGACGUUUCAUCACUGGCUCUUCACCUUUUCAACCACUAGACGGUAGAAGAAAACAAUUUACAACCUUAACCAUGUGAUUAACGUAGCUUAGUGGAUCCGUACAGUAUAUAGUUUGACACAUUGUCAACGUGGGCAACUUUAGCUAGAUUAGCCAUCUAGCUAGAAUCUCAUUGGUUGAAGAGUUAUUCCGACUUCAUUAGUACACGAGCGCACUCAUGCCAUAAUUUACAACUCCACCAACUGGGAAAUACAGAGAUUCCGAGGACCACUCGAACGCACCAUUACUCUCAACAAUCCCGCCCUGUCAACUCAAUGGUCAGGAGGGAAAAGAAACAGGAAAGGAUAGCCUUGUAAUAGCAUCAAUACUCUGGCAACGUGUUUAUAGGCAGGAGGGGAAAAGGUAGAUAGAACUUCUGGUUGUUUUCGUUAGGUGAACAGCACUACUAAGGGGAUUUGUCUCUAAUAUGAACUGGCUUGGCCAAUCCUAUGGGAGGAAAUGUCAUAUUCUCUCCAGAAAACAGAGGGAAACUUGGCUAGCAUCCGCCAAUCAAGGAUUAUUUUAUGAAUACGUGGAACUGGUGUAUUUCACCUCUGCAUGCGCCUUGACAAAGACUUUGUUCAAAGUGAUCAGAGAAUGCUUUUAGUCGGUAACAAAGAAAUCAUGGACAUGUCCUUAGGGAGGCAAGUUGUGGCUUGUUUAAGGGCAAGACAUAGACACAGUACUGUAUGCAUCAGCGAAGGUUGGAUUGCCGGCAGGUCUUGCAGAUCAGACAAGUAUUCGUCCCAAUACUCUUAAGAAGCUUCCUCUCCUUGUGUCCUGUUGAUGGGGUGUGGCGUAUUCAUUUCAUAAAAGUAGUCUCUUUAUAUCUUUAUAUAUACGAGGUAAAGGAAAAAAAAAAUAAAGGAAGUCUUUUAAGAGAAUUUUGGACAAAGCCCCUGGGAAACCCUCCUCUUUCAUUGUUAACAUUUCACCUACGAUACUGUACUCAAGAACAGCCUACCACAAUGCAACAGGAUGGAGCCCAGCCAUACAAAACACAGGGAAACAAAACAUUUGGACGCCAGAAGGUGCGUUUGCCCUGAGAGUCUGUAAACAUGUCACUGUUUUGUACUUCCAGGCUGGCAUCCUAAUGGCUUCCAUCCUAAUGGCUUCCAUUGCAGUAGGUUUGGUGAGCCAUUAAAUGAGCCAUUUGCUGCAUUGUGGAAACGAGACCCUGUCAUUUCAUAAAUCAAAUGUAGGAGAAUGGCUGUAUAUACAAAGGAGAAACACGAAUGUCAAACCAGUUGUUAAGGAAGGGAAGAACCCACCCCCCCCCCUCAUCACCAAUAUAGACAAAUCACCCGUGGAGGAGCAAUCCACUGAUCCUAUCGUUCGUCUAACUCAGGAAGUCCCACUCCAGUCCAAUGAACGGAGUCCGACAACAAGGCGGGCCACCCUUGCCAAGCGCCCAAUGCACAAAACCUGGCCAAAGGUGUGGUCUUGGGGCGGUUGGGUCGGGGGUGUUGGUGGCAAAGUGGGGGGUCUGGGGGGGGGGUCAGGCCAGGACAUGAGUUAAGGGAUGUCAGGGUGUCAUGUCAGACACGUCCACUUCUAACUGUGGCAGGAAGACCAGCACAGGGUAUCGCUCUGUGUCGGAGAACUGAAAAAAUGACUAUUCACAAGUCUUCCACUGGGGUCUGGAGAGAGCGGGCACAGUUCUGCAGUAGCUGCUUCACUAUAGGUAGUCCACAAGCACAGAUCUAGGAUCAGCUUACUCUCCUUUAGUUCUAACUUUAAUCAUUAGGUCAGCGGUUCCCAAACUCGGUCCUCGGUGACCCCGAGGGGUGCACGUUUUGGUUUUUUGUCCCUAGCACUACA